GGAUGCGCCACACAGUCCCAGUAAAUUGCAAGCUUUCCCGUUACAAGUGUGGCAUCAUCGGCUACACCUGGCUACUCCGUUGCUGGAGCUCAAGGAGCGGUCUUUAUUUCAAAUUUACAGGGAGUUUUCAGGAGAAGACACGGCUUCUUGUUCCUGCAGAUCCCGUCAAAAGAAACGAAAAGCACAAUUCAGCACCACAGGAUUGAGGAAAGCGUCCGGAUUUGAGGCUCUUUUCACUGUUCAUACCAGAGAGGAGGAUUUUAUUUUGGGAGUACUCUACCAAGCAAGGUGAUUUGCACACUUUGAGGACCUGCAAAGGAGUAUCAUCUCUAAAGGUUGAAGAGACCAUGACGACCGCCACCUCUCCUAUCUUAUUGAAAUGGGACCCAAAGAGUCUGGAAAUCCGCACGCUGACUGUGGAGCGACUUCUGGAGCCCCUCGUGACACAGGUGACCACUUUGGUAAACACAAGCAACAAAGGACCGUCCAGUAAGAAAAAAGGCCGCUCCAAGAAGGCUCAUGUCCUGGCAGUCUCAGUUGAGCAGGCCACUCAGAAUUUCUUGGAGAAGGGAGAACAGAUUGCUAAAGACAGCCAGGAUCUCAAAGAGGAGCUCAUUGCUGCUGUCGAUGAUGUCCGGAAGCAAGGAGAGAGCAUGCGUAUUGCCUCCUCAGAGUUUGCCGAUGACCCCUGCUCUUCUGUGAAACGUGGCACCAUGGUGAGGGCUGCCCGGGCCCUGCUGUCUGCUGUCACACGCCUGCUCAUCCUCGCUGACAUGGCUGACGUUAUGAGGCUCCUGGCCCACCUUAAAAUUGUAGAGGAGGCCCUUGAGGGAGUUAAGAAUGCAACCAAUGAACAGGACCUGGCAAACCGCUUCAAAGAAUUUGGCAAAGAGAUGGUGAAGCUUAAUUAUGUAGCAGCCCGGAGACAGCAGGAACUGAAAGACCCACAGUGUCGAGAUGAAAUGGCCGCCGCUCGCGGGGCUCUGAAGAAGAACGCCACCAUGCUGUACACCGCCUCACAGGCCUUCCUGCGCCACCCAGACGUGGCGGCUACACGUGCCAACCGGGACUACGUGUUUAAGCAAGUGCAGGAGGCCAUCGGUGGCAUCUCCAGCGCCGCUCAGGCCACCUCGCCUACUGACGAGAAGCACACCCAUGCUUGCAUCGGGGAACUGGCCGCUGCCCUCAAUGAGUUUGAUAACAAAAUAAUCCUGGACCCUUUGACGUUCAGCGAAGCUCGUUUCCGCCCAUCUUUGGAGGAGCGCUUAGAGAGCAUUAUCAGUGGUGCCGCAUUAAUGGCAGACUCAUCGUGCACACGUGAUGACCGACGCGAACGCAUCGUGGCUGAGUGCAAUGCUGUUCGACAGGCCCUCCAAGACUUGCUGAGCGAGUACAUGAACAAUACUGGCAGAAAAGAGAAAGGAGAUCCACUCAACUCAGCUAUUGACAAGAUGACCAAGAAAACCAGAGACUUACGUCGGCAGUUGAGAAAGGCAGUGAUGGACCACAUCUCAGACUCAUUUCUGGAGACCAACGUCCCUCUGUUGGUGCUCAUCGAAGCGGCCAAGAGUGGAAAUGAGAAGGAGGUCAAGGAGUAUGCCCAGGUGUUCCGUGAACAUGCCAACAAGCUUGUGGAGGUGGCCAACUUGGCUUGCUCCAUCUCUAAUAAUGAAGAGGGUGUCAAGCUGGUUCGAAUGGCUGCAACCCAAAUUGAUAGCCUUUGCCCACAGGUUAUCAAUGCUGCCCUCACUUUGGCUGCCAGACCUCAGAGUAAAGUAGCCCAGGACAAUAUGGACGUUUUCAAGGACCAGUGGGAGAAGCAAGUCCGCAUCUUGACUGAAGCCGUGGAUGAUAUCACUUCUGUGGAUGACUUCCUGUCUGUGUCAGAAAACCACAUCCUUGAGGACGUAAACAAAUGCGUCAUAGCACUUCAAGAGGGCGAUGUGGACACUCUGGACCGGACUGCGGGAGCUAUCAGGGGCCGAGCUGCUCGAGUUGUGCACAUUAUAAAUGCAGAGAUGGAGAACUAUGAACCAGGCGUCUACACUGAGCGUGUGCUGGAGUCCAUCAAGCUCCUGUCUGAAACUGUCAUGCCUCGUUUUGCUGAACAAGUGGAGGUAGCGAUCGAGGCGCUGAGUACAAACCCGCCACAGGCCUUUGAGGAGAAUGAAUUCAUCGAUGCAUCGCGUUUAGUCUACGAUGGUGUCCGGGACAUCAGGAAAGCUGUCCUCAUGAUCAGGACACCAGAGGAGCUGGAAGAUGACUCCGACUUUGAACAAGAGGACUAUGACACUCGUAGUAGGACUAGUGUCCAGACUGAAGAUGAUCAGCUUAUCGCUGGACAGAGUGCUCGGGCCAUCAUGGCGCAGCUUCCCCAGGAGGAGAAGGCCAAGAUUGCCGAGCAGGUGGAAAGCUUCAGACAGGAAAAAUGCAAGCUUGACGCAGAGGUGGCCAAAUGGGAUGACAACGGCAACGACAUUAUUGUGCUCGCCAAGCAGAUGUGUAUGAUCAUGAUGGAAAUGACAGACUUCACAAGGGGCAAAGGCCCUCUCAAGAACUCCUCGGAUGUGAUCAACGCCGCCAAAAAGAUUGCAGAGGCGGGAUCCAGGAUGGACAAACUUGCCCGUGCUGUCGCUGAUCAGUGUCCCGACUCGGCCUGCAAACAGGAUCUCUUGGCCUACCUGCAGAGAAUCGCACUGUACUGUCAUCAGCUCAAUAUUUGCAGCAAAGUGAAGGCUGAAGUGCAGAACCUGGGUGGGGAGCUCAUUGUGUCUGGGCUGGAUAGCGCCACCUCGCUCAUCCAGGCCGCCAAGAACCUGAUGAACGCCGUGGUUCUGACGGUCAAAGCCUCGUACGUGGCCUCCACCAAGUACCAGAAGGUGUACGGGACCGCCGCCGUCAACUCACCCGUCGUGUCCUGGCGCAUGAAAGCUCCCGAGAAGAAACCACUGGUGAAAAGAGAGAAGCCGGAGGAGUGCCAGACUCGUGUGCGACGAGGCUCUCAGAAGAAACAUAUCUCCCCUGUCCAGGCCCUCAGCGAAUUCAAGGCCAUGGACUCGUUCUAAAAAGAGGGAAAAUACCCAAGAAAAAGUUCACAUUGUGUUCGCCCACCUGUUUUCCUUGCGUGUGUGCACUUCUGCACCUCAGGAGAAUGACAUUUUCAACUGCCACACUCGGGCGCCUGUGAAGACUGUGGGUCUCUAACAGCCAACACACACAAGUAACACUAUUUAUCAAUCUUACCGUAGCUUAACGUGAGAGCCAAACUGUGACAAAAAUAUGCUAAAAAUACAUAUCAGGAUGAGGUUUUAAAACAAGGAUGUUAGUUGAUAUUGUAGUCCUAUUACACUGGUCAAUAGAUAAUUUUAAUCAGAGAUUGCUUUGUCCAAAAAGUAUUUUGUAAUGCUGAUUUCAAAUGUCUUUACUUUUUUCUAGUACAUCAGGUUUUUGAGAUUUUUUAUUUUUUUAUUUUCAAGUUUGACCUAAAAAAUCUUGGGCAUUUCAGAUUUUACU